CCACCUCUCGCACCAACCGAUCUAAAGGCGCUCGUGCAGUCUUCUCCAGUAGUCCAGUUCCAUCCGCUGCAUUUGGGUUCUUCGUCAGGGGUGGAGUAGCCUUCGCCUAGUUUCUUCUUUCCGGUGUAAUGUGCCAGCAGUUCAGUGGACGGAACUAGCCAAGAACUACCAAGGGAUCGGGGUACUGGAAGAAGAACUAGAGUUAUUGCCGAGUUCAUCGGCCAGGGGGUAAACCGAAGAUGCUUGAUAGCUACACUUGACACUUCGUAGCGGAUGAAUUAUCCAGGAAGAAUGAAUGAGACCGGAGAUGCUCUGAGGUCAUGUAUGGAGCAGCUACUGCUUUUUAGGGACGAGAAGGAGCGCCUUGUAAUUGAAGCAGCUAAUGAUCUCUCUUCCGAGCAGAAGAAAACACAAGAUUUGAAGCAAAAGUUUGAGGAUGCAAAUAAGCAGUUUGAGAAGGUCAUUGCUGAAAACUACAAUCUUCGCAACACAGUUGACUCAAAGGAGAAGUUGAUCAAAGAGCUGAAAGAAUCCAAAGCACAUUCAGAACAAAAGUUAACCGAUGCAACAGCAAAGCUCGAAUUCUCACAGAAACAAUGCGCAUCCCUUAAGUAUGAGGUGCGCAUGCUUCAGGAGGAACUUGAGAUUCGGAACAAAGAGCGGGGAUAUGACCUCAAAUCAAUACAUGCCGCUCAGAAGCAGCAGGAGGAGAGCAUCAAGAAGAUAGCUGCACUAGAAGCAGAGUGCCAGAGGCUGCGGACCAUGGUUCAGAAACGCCUGCCAGGUCCUGCAGCGUUGGCAAAAAUGAAAGACGAGGUCAAGCGACAAGGUACUAGUUCCGCUGAGAAUGGAACGAGAAGGCCCCGUGCAGUAGUGCAGCCACAGCUGGGGGCGAGGCAUUCUGUGUCUGAAGGUUACCAAGUGAAGCUGAAGGAAUUUGGUGAUGAAAACAGACAUCUCAGGCAGUUAUUGGCCCAGAAGGAGAGUGACAUGCAGUUUGUUCGGUGGAAGUACGUAGACGAGGCAUGCAAGCUGUCAAUGCUACAAAAGCAGCAUGAAGAGUUGUCUGAUAGCCAUGGUUUAACAGAGAAUAACCAUCCAGAACGAAUGGUCAUUGCAUUAGCCAAGCUGGAUCACUCAAGAUCAGGGAAGCAACAGGUGUUUCAGAUGAGAAGUAGGGGCAGAAGAAUCACAGGAUCUGACAUUCAACUGCUUGUUGAUCCUGUGGAGAUCGAGAAACUAGAGAGGGCAUCGAGGCCUUCAAGUGCCCCACAUGAGUGUAUGGACACACCUAAUGCAGACUCAAAAAUGGUUGUUUCAGAAACAGUUCACAGAGAUAUCGUCCCUGAUGAUGGUUUCUCUGACAAGUAUCCUGAGUUGAUUCAGGAUGUUUUGAAGGUGAUCAUACAUAAGCAUCAAGUUAGUAAGAUAAGUGUUGCUAGCAUUAUUGAUGAAGUAACACAUGCACUGAGGAGUGAGAUUUCUGCCAAAGGAAAUGAUGAUGCAAGCUUAUCCUAUGACAGGGAAGAAUUAAACAAAAUGGUGGCCACUCUGAGAGAAAGAGUCAGUAGCAUGGUUGAAAGAUCUACUAAAAGCAAUGUUAUGAGGUUCCAAUCAUUUUUUCAUGAGAAGUCUGAACUCACCUUGCGACUUGCACACCUGGUUCAUGUCUGUAGUGACGUGUUAGAUGGAAAGGCUAAUCUUGAAAAGCUUGCUGAUGAAGUUUGCUUGAUCCUAGAGUGGAUAGUGAGCCAAUGUUUUUGGUGUCUUGAUGGACUAGAUGUUACGGACUACAUUACUAAUAAUUCUGAUGGAAAUGAAUCCUUGUGGACAUUAAGCAUACAUGAAAAAGAUGCUAUGCAGAGUACAAAUUUAGAAAUGGAUUUUGGAAUGCAACAAGAUAAACAAAAAGAAUUGAUCGAAACAACUGAAGGCCAGAUUCCUGAUGUAACCUUACGAAAUCAUUCUCAGAUUGAGUUCAUCUCCAAGCUUGAUGCAGAGUUAUUGGCUGUUAAUGAAGGGCAGGGUGGUCGUUGUCAGGAGCAACACCUGGUAUACCGUGAAACAGAAAGUGCUGCUUCUGAUGAAAGCAAAGAAAAAAUAGCAGAAGAGGGGAAAAAACUAAAGACGACCUCAGCAAUAUCUGCAGCAGCCAAGAAGCUUGCGGAAUGCCAGGAAACGAUCGCUAACCUAAGCAAGCAGUUGCAUGCUCUAGAAAACCCGGCAAAUGCAGAUGCAUCGUACAAAGAGAAGUGUGGCACCUUACCUCCACCAGUUGCAAACCUUGUUGCUGAAGCGGAUCCCAAGCCUGAGGGUCUCAGUCCUCCCACGUCUGAAGAAGCAACACGCAUCAAAGAGCAUAGUGAGCCUGAUGCAACUGAGAAGAGCCAUGAACAUGGAGAAUCUGGCACAGGUGCAAAGGCUCGUAAAAAUGGUUCAGCCCCAAUCGUCAUUCGUCCAAUGGUUCCAAAAUCACCCAGAGCAUCUGUUUCAGCUGACGCGAGAAAGAAGAAGCGCCGUGCCAGCCUGCUGAGCCUCCUGAGUAGCCACGGGUGCAAAGGCUCGUAAAAGAAAGCAUGAAGCGGUUCCCGGAACGCUGAUCUACAAUGCUCUGCUGCUGCAGUGGACAUCAAAAUUAAUUAAGCUGCCAGUAUGCCAUCAGUAUACUUGGGUUCGUUUUUGCGUUACAAGUUAUACCUUACCUGGUCUAAGUUAUUUCCAAUAAGUUAGACCAGGCAGUAUUUGGAUGUGAGCAAUACUGUACUUGAGAAGUUUGUUGGAACCUGUUCACUACAAAAGUUUGUUAGAACCCGUUGGUUCAAUACAUACUCCCUCCGUUCAUCGAA